AUGGCUAAAGAAGUCUCAAUGUGUACACAACUACAGCAAUGGAGCCCCGUAAAAGAAACUCCAGGGGCUCCAAGUGUACCUCCACAAGUAGGGUACUGUUUUCACUCUCCCAAGAAACAUCCUUGGAGACCUAUAAUGGGUUACGAAGAGAUUGAAGUCACGCCAAUGCCUUCUCAACCGAUUACGAAUACCAUGGUGGAUCCGUGCUACACACCAGCCGGGAUGGCGACAGAACCCCUGCGGUUUCCUAACCUCGUGACAGGCUUCGACCGGAGCCCUGAACACGCGGCACGAGCUGCUCUCUACACGAGAUAUACGCAGAACGAGUGGAAUCAGAACAGCAUCAAGAAUUAUAACGAGUCAGAUGCUAAGAGAAAUUUCUCUGAACGUGUUCGAAAUGACAUUAUGAGGAUGCUGAGAGAGACGGACGAAAUUGGGACACAAGGGCAGCGUGAUUCUGGUAGAAGAAUAGGCGAAAGGAUUACUGAUACGACUUUUUGGCGAAACGAGGUGUCAAUAGAAAUGGAACGAUUAGUGGCAACCUGUGAGAAAUUAAACGACACUAGGAGACAGUUGGAGAGGGCAAUUGCUGGUAUUGAAGGACCUUUACACAUUGUUCAAGAAUGUCUGUACCAUCGUGAAAAGAGGCAAGGGUUGGAGCAAGUACACGACGCAGUAGAACAGUCGCUUCUGAAGGAAGUUGCCACACUUCGAGAAUGCCAGGAUAAGUUUAGGAAUAUGCUCGAGAAGGUUCACCAACAGUCUAAGAACUGUCGCGCGACCCAACACGAACUAGAGACUGAUCUUCGUAACAAGGAGUACGCUCUCGGCAUUGACAACAUGUGCCAUCAACUUAACAAUUUCUCAAAGGGCCUGCAGUUCUACGCGGGCAUCGAGCGCUACGACCCGACGGUGUGCGACGCGGCGCGCUGGGCCGCCGCCAGCGCCGCCACGCUGCAGCGCUCGCAGUCCGAGCGCGCCAAGGCCGUGCAGAUGCUCUCCGAUGCUGAAAAUUUGAUCAACGUGUCGGCAACAGAGAUUUGGGAUCAAUGGAGCAACACGAACAGUGCGUUCACACGGCGCAUCGCGGAGACCAUCGAGAUCAAGAACAAGCUCCAACUGCACUUGCACAAAAUCCAGCAGGAGAUGUUUGACGUGGAGAAGACACUGGAGCUGCUGAACAAGGCCAUCGAGGACAAGCUUCAGCCCAUGAAGGUGGCGCACACUCGUCUCCAGGCUCGUACAGCGCGACCGCAUCUUGAGAAGUGCCGUGACGACGCGCAGAACAGACUGGUGCGCGAAGUGUGCGAGCUCCAAGAUACGAUGGAGGCGCUGCGCGGCAAGCUGGCGACGGCGGAGGGCACGCACCAGACGCUGCUGGGCGUGCGCGCCGGGCUCGAGGCCGAGCUGCGCUACAAGAGCGCCGCGCUCUUCAUCGACCGCGACCAGUGCAUGGGCCUGCGCCGCGGCUACCCCGUCACCGCAGCCAUCAAGGCCUAACGCCUAACAUACUGCCUUCCAGGCCUAAAAUACUGCCUUCCAGGCCUAAAAUACUGCCUUCCAGGCCUAACAUACUGCCACCCAGGCCUAACAUACUGCCACCCAGGCCUAACAUACUGCCAUCCAGGUCUAACAUGCUGCCGUCAUGGCCAAAUACAAAACUAUCCACGAUUUCCACCAUCAUGCAAUAUCAGUUAGUUAACAAUAAAUUUGACAGUUUU